AUGGUUGCUGAUAAAGGAAAAGUACUUCUCGCUUACUCUGGUGGAUUGGACACCUCUGUCAUCUUGGCAUGGCUGAUCGAACAAGGUUAUGAAACUAUGGCUUACAUUGCUGAUGUGGGUCAAGAAGAAGACUUUGAAGCCAUCAAGAAGAAGGCUCUUGCUGUAGGUGCUAGCAAAGUGUUUGUUGAGGAUCUUAAAGAAGAAUUCGUAAAGACCCAAAUCUUUCCAGCUAUUCAAGCCAAUGCUGUUUACGAAUCCGUCUAUCUCUUGGGUACAUCCUUGGCUCGUCCUGUAAUUGCCCGCAAACAAAUUGAAAUUGCUGCUCGUGAAGGCUGUCAAUAUGUUUCCCACGGUUGUACCGGAAAGGGUAACGACCAGGUUCGUUUCGAGUUGGCUUACUAUGCCUUAAAGAAUGAUAUUCAAGUCAUUGCUCCUUGGAGAUUACCCAUCUUUUUUGAACGCUUUGCUGGUCGUAGCGCUCUUUUAGACUUUGCUGCUGAGAAGGGUAUCCAUGUGAGUCAGACAAAGGCCAAGCCAUGGUCAACCGAUGAAAACUUGUUUCACAUCUCCUAUGAGGCUGGUAUCCUAGAAGACCCUAAUGUUACUCCUCCCAAGGAAAUGUGGAAGCUCACGGUCGACCCAGAAGAUGCUCCCGACAGACCUGAACGCAUCACGAUUACCUUUGAAAAGGGUAUCCCUGUCAAGGUCGUCAAUCACAACGACGGUCAUGAAGAAACUGAACCUGUCAAGCUCUUUACCUACCUCAACACAGUCGCCCGUCGUAACGGAAUUGGUCGUAUUGAUAUUGUCGAGUCUCGAUUUAUUGGUGUCAAGUCGCGUGGAUGCUACGAAACCCCUGGUGGAACCAUUCUUCGUACAGCUCACCAAGAUCUCGAAGGACUCACUCUGGAUGGUCAUUUGCGUGCUUAUCGUGAUCAAAACAUUACUAUUCCUUAUGGUCGCGCUCUUUACAACGGCCAAUACUUUUCACCUGAAUGCGACUUUUUGAGUAAAGCAAUUCCUUUGACACAAGUCAAUGUGACAGGUGAUGUCAAGUUGAAGCUCUAUAAAGGUAAUACCAUUGUCGAAGGUCGUAUCGCUCGUGGACCUGGUGCCAGAUUAUACGAUAUGCAAGAAUCAUCUAUGGAUGAACAAGGUGGUUAUAACCCUGAAGAUGCUAAUGGUUUCAUCAAGUGUCAUGCUAUUCGUCUCAAGAAGUGGACUCCCCAAUAA